AUGGAUCACUCGAGAGAUCCCUGCCCCUGGGUUGCCCUGAGCGACUUUGGUGGUGCUUUCUGUAUGGGUGCAAUUGGUGGUGCGGUCUGGCACGGUGUUAAGGGAUUCAGAAACAGCCCCUACGGAGAGCGACGGAUAGGCGCAAUCACAGCCAUUAAGGCACGAGCACCCGUUCUCGGUGGUAACUUCGGUGUCUGGGGUGGUAUGUUCUCGACAUACGAUUGUGCUAUCAAGGGACUUCGGAGAAAAGAGGAUGCAUGGAACGCCAUUAUCGCUGGUUUCUUCACUGGUGGUUCUUUGGCUAUCCGUGGUGGUUACAAGGCUGCUAGGAACUCGGCUAUCAUGUGUGCUGUUUUCCUGGGUGUUAUCGAGGGUGUCGGUAUUGGUUUCCAGAGACUUAUGGCGGAGAACACAAAACUUGAGCUGCCCCCUCCGCCUCCGGCCGAAGGGAAGGCUGUCAUCUAA